AACUCUAAAUAAAUUUCAAGCUCCGCACAGCUCGCCCUAAAAAGCUCAUCACUUUUAGUUUCUCGUUACCUUUCACAUCUUCCGUCUACAGCCGCAUCCUUCGCCGGAGAAACAAAUUUCCUCCAUGGAGCCUUUCUUCCACCUCCUACGUGCUCGUUCGUACCGGUACUUGUGCCGUCGUUGCUGCACCACGGUAGUGAUUGAUCCUUUAACCGCAGUCAGACUUUUCUGCCCCAUCUGCCGGGAGAGCUUGAUCCAGCAAUUUGACACUCCGAGCACUUCUCCUUCUAGCUCACCCCCCCUCAAUCUCCCAGCCCCGCCUCUCCUCCCUAAUAUCCCCUCUAGGCGCACCUACAUGUCCCGAUACGCCACAUUUGAACGUCGGGAUCUUAGUAAUGAUAACUUACACGUUAUAUUACUACCUGGUUUUUUCAGUUGCCCCUAUCCCAACUCUCCACCCUUUGUCACCCCCUUGCCCCAAAACCAUUCUGUGAUUACUUUACAAAUACUGCAAAACUACAUAGACUAUUGCGCCAACAAAGGUGCGAUCAUCCAUUGCACGGUCCCGUACCCUCAAGCCUACCCUGUAAUGGAUGAUCUCAUCAGAUUCUACGGCCCUCGGUUCGGCCCUCAAGCUGCGUCAAUGCCGCCAGAUCUAACGGUGACUGAAGAUUUUCUUGCUUCCGUCGACUCAGAGUGCUCCGUGUGCAUGGAAAGUUUCAAGGUCGGGGAUGUGGCGAUCCAGUUGCGUUGCAAGCACACACACCACAAGGAAUGCAUUGCACCAUGGUUUCAAAUACAGAACUCGUGUCCACUUUUCGGAUUCUACCGUGGGAAGAUUUAG